AUUUUAAGCGUAGCCAGCUGGCCGCCCACCCUGUGUGACCUCUGGAAAGGCUUGUUAGGAGCACUAUGGGGAACACAAGCAGUGAGAGGGCCGGCAUGGGCCAGGAAAAGGCCCACAGGAGGGAUAGUCGAGGAACCAAGGAAGGAGACCGUCCUAAAAUCCUGAUGGACAGCCCAGAGGAUGCUGAUAUUUUUCACGGGGAGGACAUCAAAGCGCCGUUAGAAAAAGAGGAGUUCAUUGAGUGGAGACCAGACCUGGAGACCAGUGAAAAGGUUCCCGCUUUAGAUCGACCAACUGUAUUUCGGUGGACAGGAGCCGGAAAGGAAAUCUAUAUUUCUGGCUCUUUUAAUAAUUGGACCAAUAAGAUUCCCUUGAUAAGGAG